CCCUCCCCACCACCUUCUCUAGCCCUCAGUCCGGCUCCUUUUCUCUCCCGGCUCCGCCUUCGCCCCUAGAACGCAGGGGUUUGAUGCCCACGCUGGUGGGAGGAACCUCUGCAGGGUGGAAUAGGGAGAGAUCUAUUCCAAUUCCCGGCUUUGGAAUCCCAGAUCCCGACCGCGCGGGGUGAAUCGGAUAGUGGCUGAGCUCAGCUUUGCAUAACAAUGCACAGAUUUACAUAACCAACGCAGGCAGCCAUUUAAAGCCACCGCCUCUGGCCCCAGACCUUGUAAUUAUCUUCGCGCAGACCCACCUUUUGCCGUGAUGCCCCUGAUGCGGGCUCCGCUCCUGAUCGUCCUGGGCUUGCUUCUAGCUGGCCCCGAGGCCCUUGCGAAGGUCUUGCUGGAACAGUCAUUUCGGUUCAGUAACUUUUCCUGGGAGAAUUGUGACGAUGGGAAAGACCCUGUGGUGAUCAAAAGCCUGACUGUGGAACCUAACCCCAUUGUAGAGCCUGGAAAUGUGACUGUCAGUGUUGAGACCCAGACGAGUGUCACCCUCGAUGCUCCUCUGAAGGUGGAAUUAACGGUGCAGAAGGAAGUGGUUGGCUUCUGGGUCAAAGUCCCGUGUGUGGAACAAACCGGUAGUUGUACCUAUGAAGACAUGUGUGAUAUACUUGACACUUUCAUUCCCCCUGGAGAGCUCUGCCCGGAGCCCCUGCACACCUAUGGACUUCCCUGCCACUGUCCCUUCAAAGAAGGCACAUACUCACUGCCCAAGAGUAUUAUCACUCUGCCCCAACUGGACCUGCCCAGCUGGCUGAGUACCGGAAACUACCGCGUCCAGAGCAUCUUAAGCAGCGGCGAGCAACGUCUGGGCUGUUUCAAGAUCGAUGUCUCUCUAGAAGGCACAUAAUGUGGCACCAGUGACAACAGAAUGAAGGGGUUUGAGGAAGGCGCACCCCUCUUCCUCUGUCUUGCGUUUGCCAAGGCCAAAUUCCAAUUCCCUGUUCCCCUCCAAGCCCCUUUGUACAGUGAUGCUGCUACCCUCGCUGAAAAUCAUUUUGUGCCACCUACAUUGUAGGCGUGGGCAAGCAGCCCUAACCUAAGGGGGCUUGAGCUUGGCGGUUCUUGAUAGCCCUGGACAUCUACUGGGCCGGCCACUUCAUUUUCCUCCCCACCCCUACGGCUUUCUUUCUAAGAGCUUAACUUAUUUUCCUAACAGUCAGGUGAUAGAACUAACAUGUGAGCCCAAGUUCAGGCUGACCCAGUUUUGUUCUCCUGAAGUACCUUUACAAUGUUUUCAUUAAAUUUUGUUUUUUAAAGUCC